CCACUGUGAACUAUAUUACUCCUUCCCCUGAAUCUUCUGGAAUCCUUCUGGGACGGGACGUUCCUUCGCCCCUGGGUUCGUCUCCAUCGAGAGGGGUAGAUAGUGCCUUACCAUACAGUCUCGGGCCAAACGCUCAAAGUUAUCAUCCCUUCGAGCUGAUACCGUUGGAAUCGUGCAUGGUGGUUCCCACCGAACGUGGCGCUAUUGUAUACUUAGUGUGGCCCUACACAUGCAUAUUCAAAAUUGCUCCACAGUUCAAAUGAAUAUCUCUCCUCACUCCAACUCGGUAUCUCUGGCCUCUGAACGACGUUUGCCCCCUGGCUGGGUAGCCCCCAAGGAUAGACAGGGCUCCCAGGUCCGGUCUCCAAGAUCAACGGAGCAAUCGAAUACGUGUUUGGCUUUCCGGUGUACAAGCUGUCCAAGCUCCGCGGCUCCGUUGAGAUUGGAGCUUCGUCUCGGAUCCUGCGUGACAAGUGACGCUGUUACGUACUAUUGCAUAAGGACUUCGGUCUUUUUCGGUAUUACAUCGGCCGUGGAAUUUUACAGACGAUCCCUUAGCAUCUCCUUAGGACGUUGGCCUGACGAUGGCGAAAGAAAGGACAAAGUGAUUCUGAUCUCUCCAGCCGAACGUUGUGUCAUGUUGUUGUUGUUGUUGUGGGGGGGCUUCUUUCGGUAUUUUAUCGGCCGCGAGAUAAUCAGACGUACAAGGUCCCUGACAUCAGGGCGUUGGCUUGAUGAAGGCGUAAAGAGAGGAUCAUAGUUCUUACUUACCUCUCCAGUUGAACGUGCAUUUUUGGACAAGAUUGGAUGUUAUCCUGAUCUGCUAGUCCGUAGCUGUCCGUUCCGCUCGCUUGAACUCGGCCAUCUUCAUUAGUGUGGCGUCACCUUGUUG